UGCGAAGUUAGUUCAAAUUGAAUUGUCCGGACGGGCAGGCAGUUAGUUGGUACUGAAGCGGCACAAGAACCGCACGCGAGUGGAAAGAAGAAACCGUGUCAAGGAUCUACCAUACAUAUGUGAUAUUUAUCCACCUAUGCAUAUUACUUUUGAGGGAAUUGGCUAACUAGAAUGAGUGGCAUCCAUGAGCAGCGAAAACCGAAUCCCGUGGUCAAGGCCAAUUUCCUAUCCAAAUGGUUCUUUAUCUGGACGCGCGAGAUUCUCAUCAAGGGCCUGCGCCGGAAUCUCGAUCCCGCUGAUCUCUAUGCUCCCGAUCCGAGUCUAGAGAGCUGCAAUGUGUCCUCGUAUCUGUUGGGCUUCUGGGAGCAGGAGCUGCAUCGCUCCAAGCCUAGUGUCCUGCGCAUGAUAUUCAGAGCCUACGGUUGGAGUUUCAUUCCUUCGAGCAUUGUCUACUCCAUCCUAACUAUUGCAGUGCACACAACGCAGCCCUUAAUGCUGGGUGGCCUGGUGUCCUUUUUCUCAGAGAGCUCCGUGAACAUCAGCAAACACUCGGCAUACAUGUAUGCCAUGGGCGUAGUGCUUUGCUCCUUGAUCUCUGGGCUCUUCUAUCACCCCUUUAUGAAAUACCUCUUCCGUGUGGGCUCUCGCGUCCGCUUGGCUUGCACUGGACUUGUGUACCGUAAGUUCCUGCGGGUCUCGGUGGCGGCGGAUACCAGUGGGGUGAGUGGCUAUGCCAUCGCUUUGAUGGCUACGGACUUGCCGACUUUCAACGAGGCCUUCUAUAACUUUCACGAGCUGUGGCGUGGUCCGCUGGAGGGCGCGGUGUUCGUAUAUAUCAUCUACCAGUUGAUUGGGUGGCCGGCGAUAGUGGGACUCGCCGCUAUCCUAGCCUUCAUACCGCUCCAGGCUUGGGCCGCCCGGGCAAAUGGUCGGUACAAGAGGAAAUCCGCGGAAUUCGGAGACGAUCGGGUGAAGCUAAUGAAUGAGAUUAUCGCCGCCAUUCAGCUGAUUAAGAUGUACGCCUGGGAGAAGUCCUUCGGCAAGCUGAUCGCCAAAGUGCGAAAGAAGGAGAUGAAAGCCAUCAGAGGAUCCACUUAUAUUUAUGCGGGAUUGCAGUGCACUGGCAUGAUCUCAAAGCUCUCGCUGUUCCUCUCAUUGGUCACCUACGUUUUCACCGGCGACAUAGUCACUGCCCAGAAGGUCUUCAUUGUUUCCAGCUACUAUGACCACUUGAAUGAUUCUCUUCUACAUUCCUGGCCGCUGGCCAUUAAUAUGUGGGUCGAGACAUUUGUGGUGGCCAACCGCGUCAAGGAUUUCCUCUUCCAGCACGAGAACCCUUCCGACGGUGGCGUCGAUAACAUUAAGACUCCGGAUGAGAGCCCUGACCACGGGAACUUCUACGGCCGUAAUCAUAAUCCAAAGGCGAAGGUGAAGAGUAUUUUGAUACAGAAACUAACGGCUAGCUGGGAUCAGGCUAGUCAAGAGAAGCGUCACCGUCACAUUGAGGGUGUGAGCUUCCAGGCUUCGGAUCAGCAGUUUCUGGGCAUCGUGGGCACGGUGGGAGCCGGAAAGAGCACACUGCUUCAAGCAAUCCUGGGAGAACUCGAUAUUAUUAGUGGAAGUGUGGAGCUGAAUGGUGUCCUGAGCUAUGCUCCCCAGGAGCCUUGGAUAAUGAAGGGAACUCUCCGGGAAAAUAUCCUUUUCACUGAGCCCUUCGACGAGCAGCGAUACCAAGAGGUCCUUCGUGUCUGUCACCUUGACAAGGAUGUGGAACACCUGCCAGGUGGAGAUGCCGCCAGAAUAGGUGAGGGCGGUGCCAGUUUGAGUGGAGGCCAGAAGGCCCGGGUUAGCCUAGCCAGAGCUGUUUACCGGAAAGCGGACAUCUACCUCCUGGACGAUCCACUGUCCGCCGUGGACUCACAUGUCAGCAAAAUGCUCUUAGAUCGCUGCCUAAACAAGUUUCUGGCAAACAAAAUCCGCAUCCUGGUCACCCAUCGAGUGCAGCUGCUGCGCCAUGUGGAUCACCUAGUUCUGCUCGAAGGUGGGCGAAUCUCUGUCCAGGGGAAGUACGAUGCCUUGAGGAAACUCAUCAAUUUCCGGAUGUCGGUGGCCAAUGAUGUUGAGGUGGCCAAGUUAAGGGCCAUGCGUACGGACAGUGUUUACGAGGAUCCGGAGCCGAGGAAGUCCCUGACCCAGGAGGAGCACCUCGAUCGGGAUAAACUAGAGCAACAGUUCAAGGAGCAGCAGGACAAAGGAUCUGUCAAGUUAAAGACCUACAGGGCCUACUUGCGAGAACUGGGACACCCACUUGUGGUGGCCAUAAUCCUUAUUUUGUUCGUAGUGGCCCGAGUCUCUGAAGCUACCAUGGAUAUAUUCCUUUCCAAGUGGGCCACUUGGGAGGAAACGGAACCCAAUCUCCACGAGCCUGUCCCGGAGUACCAUAGAACCCGUAUGCACAUGGUGACCCUUUAUACCAUCCUCAUUCUGAGCACUUUGAUAUUUUACGUUUUGCGCACCUUUGGGUUCUUUGCGAUGACCCUGCGCAUUUCUCUAAGGAUUCACAAUGAUCUCUUUCAAGGGAUUAUCCGCGCCUGCAUGAACUUCUUUACGGUUGCUACUUCCGGCAGGAUCCUGAAUCGCUUUUCCAGCGACAUCCUAGCAAUUGACGUGAAUCUACCGCAGUCCUUGAUGGACUCCAUAGAGUUUGUGGUGAAUGCUCUUGCCGUGUUGGCGGUUGUGAGUACUGCCAAUAUUUGGCUCCUGAUUCCGGCCAUCGUUGUGGUGGCUUUACUGUACGGGUGUCGAUGUCUUUACAUUGGAGCUAGCCGGAGUUUGAAGAGAAUUGAAACCAUAACCCGCAGUCCCAUCUACUCCCACACGAAUACCACCUUCAGAGGUCUGGCCACCAUCCGAGCCCUUGAUGGAAAGAAACGCAUGGAGGAGCGCUUCCAUUACUACCAGAAUGAGAACACCUCCGCUCUGUACCUCUAUGUCAGCAUCAAUAGAGCCUUUGCCUUUUGGACGGAUCUCAUAUGUGUCUUGUACAUUGCGGCUGUGACUUUCAGCUUCCUGAUCUUCGAUAGCCGGCGGGGCUACUACAGUGGAGAUGUGGGUCUGGCCAUCACCCAGUCCAUGAACCUGGUGCUAAUGUGUCAGGCGGGAAUGCGGCAGACCGUCGAGCUGGAGAACAUGAUGACCAGUGUGGAAAGGGUCCUCGAAUAUGCCAAUAUUCCCUCGGAACCCGCUUACGAAACUCCGGAGUCUGUAAAGUUACCGAAAACCUGGCCAAGUGGCGGGCAGCUGGAGUUCCGCGAUCUCCGACUGCGCUAUAACAACCAUGGUCCCUAUGUCCUUAAAGGACUAAACUUUACGAUUCGAGGAGAAGAAAAGAUUGGGAUUGUGGGUCACACGGCAGCCGGAAAGUCCUCGAUUGCUCAGGCUCUGUUCCGGCUGGCCCAUAACGAUGGCCAUAUAGCCAUCGAUGGCUACGACACCUCGGACCUGGGUUUGCACGACCUGCGGAGCAGGAUCUCGAUUAUACCCCAGGAUCCGGUGCUCUUCUCAGGCUCUCUCCGCUUCAAUCUCGACCCGUUCGAGGAGAAGUCGGACGAGGAGCUAUGGCACGCCCUGGAGGCUGUCAACAUGAAGGCAUUUGUAUCGAAUCUUAAGGACGGGCUAUGGUGUCGCCUCCACGACAAUGGAGCCAACUUUAGCCUGGGCCAGAGGCAGCUGGUCUGCCUGGCAAGAGCUCUCCUUCGCCAGAACAAAAUACUCAUUAUGGACGAGGCGACUGCCAAUGUCGAUCCCGAGACCGAUCAUCUCAUCCAGGCCGCGAUACACUCAAGAUUCGCCCACUGCACUGUGCUGACGAUCGCCCACCGACUCCACACGGUGAUGGACAACGAUAGGGUGAUGGUGGUGGACAUGGGCCGGGUGGUGGAGCUGGGGCAUCCGCAUGAGUUACUGCACAACCGGCACGGGUACCUGCACCGGUUCGUGGAGAAGACGGGCGUGGGCACCGCCCAGCACCUGAGAUACCUGGCGGAGCAGAGCUACCGGAAGCGGGUGCUGGGCCACAAGAAGCCGGAGGUGGAAAGCUCCGUGCUGGACACGGGGUUAAAGGGGACUACUCUGUGAAAGACUGCUGUGAAUAAAUUCGAACACCUGUGUAGA